AUGGAUGCCUCUGGUUUCCUCUUGGCUAUUCGACGCGAGUUUGACUGGCACGUGCGACAACAUCGAGGAACGGAGGUGUACCGAGCACCCUCUCUUACGAACCCUGUUCUACCGAUGUUUGCCUUGGAUCGCUGGGCUACUGGUCCAGGCCAAGAUACCUUCGACAUCUACACCAUCAUGCGACCCGCCCUACAGCUUGCAUCAAUGUGGCUCACUGAAGAUCUUCCCUUGCUCUGGUUCAGCCAUCUAACCUUUGGGCACCGCCGCCGCAAUGCAGCCGGGCAGGUUUACCUUGAGAGAAAUCCCCACUAUAGAACCCCUGCAGCUCUUAAGACCGUGAAGGAGAAUUUGCAUGAGUUCGGCAAGACAAACUUCUUCGCAUUCGCGCCUCCCAAGUGCAAAAACACAUCUUACGCCACAACGUAUUCUAAGAAAGAGUCGAUACCUCACUUUCGGGAGUUCAAUCACGCUGACUUCCCACCUGUCCUCUCCGAUAAAGGUAUCCUGAAACCUUGCAUCAUCCUCACACGGGGCUUCGUCAAAUCCUUUCGAUCGAGAAGCGUAAGUGCGAACGAACGGUAUAGAAGCCUUUUCAUGUUCGCCAUUGAUCUGUGUCACGAGGUUACGCAUAGUUACAGCAUGUUCCAUGAUGGCAGCAUCCCUGAGCCACUCUGGGCUGCGAACGAGAAGUUUCCCGAGCUAGGUUACUCUUGGGAAAUGAGUGUACUUGGCCAUCUUCCUAUGUCCAACAGCAUCAUUAUAGAAGACGGCCGAUCUCGCGAAAUCAACUCCGUUUGUAUGCUGGAAGCCUCAUCACAUGUUGAGCGCGACAGGCUCCUCUCAUUUCUCAAAGGUAACUCCCGCGCCGAGUUCACGAGACGAGACGCUUCUGGAAACUAUCGCAGCUGGCCUGUGUUACACGGCGGAGGCUUUCGUGGUGCGAAAUGGACGAUGAGCAACAACGCCCAACUCUUGAUCGCCUCCUUCCAUGUCAUUCCAAUGCACUGGAUGGUAUCUUGGUUCCAACAAGAUGUUUGGGAAAUACUAAAGAUACGUUGGGCGCAGAACAAUCUAUAUGAAGCUCCAGCUCUAGGCCAGAAAUUCAUGGUCAGAUACGAGAGAUCUACGCACGGAGUGUCAGUUCAUCGACCACUUUACCCUAAUAAUCGUGUUGACGCAAAGAUAAUCGAGGACCAUCGCAAAGAAGCCCAGAAAUAG